UAGCGGCUGCGUGGCUGCACUAGUAGAAAAGUCUACGACGGCACGGUGGAGUGGUGUAGAGCCAGACGGGAGCGACGUCGGACGCGCCGGAUCUUCCUCACGGAACCAUGUCAAGGCAAGAAGGAGGCGCUAACGCCUCCUCGUGGGUCGUUGCCUCCCGGCGAAGCUCGGCAGUGUUCCGUGCUCCGGAAAGGAGGCCGGCGGAGGACCCGAGUCCGAGAGGUUCGGAGGCCCGUAGGGGCGGCAGAGGUGGCGGCUUGAAGAACUCCGGCCUCCAGCAACCUGUGACCGCGGGCCUCCGAGAACCGCCGCUUUGCUUUGGAUUGAAGAACGUGUGGGUGGGCGCUGUGAUCGGUCGUGGGGGGUCAAAAAUAAAAGACAUCCAAAGUACAACAAACACGAAAAUACAGAUAAUAAAAGGUCAUUCAGAAGAAGCAGAGGUCAGAAUCUUUGGCGACAAGGUGAUGCAGGUGAAGGCCAAAACAGUGAUAGAUAAUCUUGUUAAAAAACAAGAAAAUUACAGUUCAAAGCUCAGAACUGAUGUUGUUGCAUUCCAACCUUCUGUUGGAAGAGAUGUAAAGACAGAUAGUAAUGUUACAGAGAAUCAGCCAUUGAUUGAUUGGGAUCAGAUUCGAGAAGAUGCUUUGAAAUGGGGGAGAAAAAAAUGGGAAGAUCUACCGCCAAUUAAGAAAAACUUUUAUGUGGAGUCAGAAACAACAAGUUCAAUGUCCCAGGUGCAAAUAGACACUUGGAGGAAAGAAAAUUAUAAUAUAAUGUGUGAUGACCUGAAAGAAGGUGAGAAGCGUCAUAUACCCAAUCCUACCUGUAAGUUUGAGGAUGCUUUUCAGUGUUUUCCUGAGGUUAUGGAAAACAUUAAAAAGGCAGGCUUUCAAAAGCCAACACCGAUCCAGUCACAGUCAUGGCCGAUAGUUCUACAGGGCAUAGAUCUUAUAGGAGUAGCCCAAACUGGAACAGGGAAGACGUUGUCCUACCUAAUGCCCGGAUUUAUACACUUGGACUCACAGCCUGUAAUUAGAGGAGAAAGGAAUGGACCAGGCAUGUUAGUCCUUACACCUACCCGCGAGUUAGCACUUCAAGUAGAAUCUGAAUGUUCUAAGUAUUCAUACAAAGGCCUUAAAAGUGUUUGUAUAUAUGGCGGUGGAGAUAGAAAUGGACAAAUACAAGAUCUGAAAAAAGGAGUAGACAUUAUUAUUGCAACUCCUGGAAGACUGAAUGAUCUACAAAUGAAUAACUUUGUUAACCUCAGAAGUAUAACCUACUUGGUACUAGAUGAGGCCGACAAGAUGCUAGAUAUGGGAUUUGAACCUCAGAUAAUGAAGAUUUUAUUAGAUGUGCGCCCAGACAGGCAGACUAUUAUGACAAGUGCAACAUGGCCAUAUGCUGUCCGUCGCCUUGCACAGUCUUAUUUGAAAGAGCCAAUGAUUGUAUAUGUUGGUACUUUGGAUCUAGUGGCAGUAAGUACCGUGAAACAAAACAUAAUUGUCACCACGGAAGAAGAGAAACGCUCUCAUAUCCAAACUUUUCUAGAAAGCAUGUCUCCCAAAGACAAAGUCAUAGUGUUUGUCAGCAGAAAAGCUGUGGCUGACCACCUGUCAAGCGACCUGAUUCUGCGACAGGUAUCAGUGGAAUCCCUUCACGGUAACAGGGAGCAGAGUGACCGAGAAAGGGCAUUAGAAAACUUCAAAACAGGUAAAGUAAGAAUAUUGAUUGCCACAGACUUGGCAUCUCGGGGGCUCGACGUCCUUGACAUCACACACGUCUAUAACUAUGAUUUCCCCCGGAACAUCGAAGAAUAUGUGCACAGAGUAGGGCGCACUGGAAGGGCAGGGAGGACGGGGAUAUCUAUUACUCUCCUCACUAGAAACGACUGGAGGGUUGCUGGCGAGUUAAUUAAUAUUCUGGAAAGAGCACAACAGAGUAUCCCAGAGGAUCUUGUGGCAAUGGCUAAGAGGUAUGAGGCGAAUAAACUGAAAAAAGAAAUGGAGAAAAAAAUGGGGAAACCCCAAGGAAAACCCCAAAAGUUUUAUUAUUAAUGUCCUUGUUGAAAAGUGGUACCAGCCUACUGCGAAGAGAUCUCAAGAUAUGUGGAAGUGUGAGAAACAUGCUGGCACUAUGAAGAAAUAAGUGAUUCUUAAUAGUGUUUAAAAAUGUAGAAUUUGAUAUUUUAUACUUUCUUUAAUAAAAUCAGAAGUACUUAAACGAGUUAAAUUUUUUUCAUGGAUAUUAAGCAAUGUAGCAUUGAACUUUUUCACUUUUUACUGUCCUUAUUUAAAAAUGUAAAUUUUAUCUCCUGUAAUGUUGCUGUAUUAAGGUCGGUCUUUAAAGAGUUAAA